GGGAAAGAAAGAAAGUAAACAGGUUGAAGAUGGACAUGAAUCAAGCGUGACACAAAAUAUACAAGAUUCGAAGCCCAAAGCGAGUUUCGAACGGUCGCGAUUUUAUCGGAAUAAUUUCCGGUUAUUUAUUUAAUUCAUAGAAAAUGGUUUGAUGCGUUUGCCGGGAAACAAAAGGAAGCAAACGAAUUUGCCAAGGAAAAUAUUUGAUCCCAUAAUCUGAUGGGAUAUCCUUACAAUCCUAAAAUGAUCAUAUCGGCAAUAGCUCUACAUCUGCUUCUUCUGUCCCAUCAAACAGUUUCAGAGGAGCAGGUGCAGCGGUAUGUUACUGGAGAGAAGGCUGAGAAUACUACACUACAGUGUCUGGACCAGCCAGUUAAUGCGUCUUCACUUCUAUAUCGCUGGAAGAAAAAUGGGGCUGUUGUUGCAACCCAAAACCCCUCGAAGCCAUCAGAGCAUCUUUCCAUUUCAAACAAUGGCUCUCUUUGGAUCAGUGGCCUUCAGUAUAUAGAUGAAGGCCAAUAUGAAUGUGAAUCCCAAACAAAGGAUGGCAGCUCAUGGCAAACUCUCUCAAACAUCCUGCUUCGAGUUGCCGGUAUGGAAUCUUUGUGGUUUAUAUUGCAUAGUGGAGAGGAAGUGAAGUGUAUUGGACAUCAUGUGACUGGAGAGGAGAAUUCCUGCUCCUUUAAGCUCAAGAUGCCGUAUCCCUUAGGAGAUCCCAUGGUAACCGCUUUGGUGGGCAGCAAUAUCACCCUCAGCUGUACUGAGACCGAAUCUCUGCCACCGGCAAAGACUGUCUGGAUGCGAAAGGACAACAAAACCAUCAACACCACCUCCAAAUAUAUUGUGUCUGAUAAUAACCCCAACUACAAUCUCACUAUAAUCAAUGUAACUAAGGAAGAUGAAGGGAUCUACUACUGCUACAGUAUAAACCCUCUUGGUCCAAAAGAACUGGAAGUGUAUCUUACUGUGAAGACUUCUGCAGACAAUAAAGGGGCCGUGGUUGGUGUCUUUGUUUCCGUUUUGAUAAUGAUGAUCGGUAUCACUGUCGGUGUAACGAUAUAUUCAAAGCGGGAUAGAAUUUGUAUUGGUUUAGGAUUUAGUCAUUUAGAUGAUGACAGAGGGGAUAUACUGAGUUUAGUGGAUUCAGAUGAAGAGGUAAUUUUCCAUGAUACUGUUCCACAACUCCCUCCGCUGACAAACGGACACGCAACCACACUUGUAGAGAUUCACAGAAUACCAUCCAGUGAUCAUGAAGAUAAUGCAGACCGUACAGUACAACAUAACGAUCAAACGCAUCCAGAACCAGUACAACAGAUAGCAGACUGUUAGUAAUCAGUUUAAAUGUACAGAAAAUCAAUUCUUCCAAAUGGUAAACUCUGCUAAAUUAUUUGUUUGUGUGAUAUUUUCCUUGUAUAAUAUUCCAGCAAUCUGUGUAAAGUCUAAAGGUCUUAAACUCAUUUUAGAGAGGCCCUGUUUUUAUUUUCAGUAUUAGUUUUUAACAUACUGGUCUCAAUUCAUGAAAUUAAAACUUUUACUACACCAUACUACAGUAUGUCAGUGAACUGUUACGAAAUGUUAUUGUUACUUGAACUGGUUUGAAUGAUGCUUUCUGUAAUAUUGUAUGGGUGAAUCUCAACAAAAUAUGUCUGGGUCAUAUUUCGUGGCAAAAUAAUAAUAAAAAAAAACGUAAUUAUA